AUGGACCACAGUGACCACAGUGACCACCACCACAGCACCAUGCCGGCGGACCACGCCCACCACCAUCAGACCAUGGCCCCGCCCACCACCAGCGGACACGACCACGGAGGAGGAGGGAGCGAUGGGAACCAUGGAGGACACGGAGGGAUGGCGAUGACCUUCUACUUUGGCUACAAUAACGUGGAGCUGCUGUUCACCGGGCUGCUCAUCAACUCACCUGGUGAGAUGGUGGGGGCGUGUAUCGGUGUCUUCCUAUUGGCCGUCCUGUACGAGGGGUUGAAGAUGGGCCGUGAGACGCUGCUGCGUCGCAGUCAGGUCAACGUCCGCUACAACUCGAUGCCGCUCCCGGGGGCUGAUGGGACGGUGCUGAUGGAGACGCACAAGACUGUCGGGUAA